AUGGGUAAUACUACUACAAAGAAUAAUUAUCAUAAUAAUCAGAAGUAUACUAGUCAGUACAGUCUUAGUGAUUUAAUUGGUGGAAGCUGCAUUGGAUCAGUGCAAUCUUCACAUAAAGAAACUAAAUCAUGGUCUCGUGGUUCUUGCAGAAGCUGGAGCGAAGGUACAUUAUAUGAUCCAUUGGGUACCUCAAAAACAUUAUGGCCAGUAUCACGUUCUCAGGCUAUGUUUCUUCCAGAAUUUCAAAUAAGACAAGUAUCCUUACAAAGUGCUUAUAUAUUUUUAAGUGUGAUAGCCAAAGGAGCUUAUGGAAAAGUAUAUAAAAUUCUAAAACAGGACACUGGACAAUUCUUUGCGUUAAAAGUAAUCAGCAAAGCUAAAGUGGUUGCAGAAAAUGGUGUAUUGCAGGCUAAACAGGAAGUGUCUAUACAAAAAUUGGUUGGUCAUCAUCCAUUUAUAUUAGACUGUUCUCAUAGGUGGCAAGGAAGAAAGACAUUAUACAUAUUAACUGACUAUAUUGGUGGAGGAGAAUUAUUUUCACUAGUCGAACAAUGUGGUCCUCUACCUGAAAAUGUAGUUAGAAUAUACGUAGCAGAAGUUGCUUUAGCUCUUGAUUUUUUACACAAUGCUGGUGUGGUACAUAGGGACAUAAAAGCCACAAAUGUUCUGCUAGAUGAAGAAGGUCAUGCUGUAAUUAUUGAUUUUGGUCUUGCAAAAUGGUUAAAUCAUAUGGAAAGAACAAAUACGCUUUGUGGAACUCCAGAGUAUAUGGCACCAGAAAUAUUUAACAGGCAGUAUUAUGGGCAAGAGGUAGAUUGGUGGUCAUUGGGAGUACUAGCUUGCUUUAUGCUUACAAAUCAGUAUCCGGCUGGUGUAUCCAGCGAACUUUUGCCAGAGGACAGAGGGACUGGUUAUGCACCAGCUGGGACUCUAUCACCGAACGCGGAAAACAUUUCUCCAGCCGCGAAGGAUCUGCUGAAACGACUGCUCCAACCGGACCCCUGCUUGAGGCUGAGGUCUCUCUUGAGCCUGCAGAGGAUCGCCUUCUACAUGGGUCACGAUUUGCGCAGCUACAUGCAGAAGAAGGAAUCCCCGUUUCGCCUGCUAGGACGAACCGUCCAACCUCCGCAAGAGAGGAGGAUCAAGGAGUUCUCCGACUUCGACUCCUCUUUGGGGGACAGCGUCUCUUGUGCGGAUGAUUGA